AUGGCUGGUUCCAUGACGAAAACAAGGGAGCGACUGUACACCGAGAGGUUCUUCGUCACUAAAACCACUAAGGGCAUUGUUCAAUUUAUCGAUCGACACAUGGUCAUUCGAAUAUUCGCCGAUUCGGCGUUCUUCGCAGUUGAUCGGCCAGCUGCACGAAGCCCGAUCCGAACGGGGAUUGCCCAGGCUGCCAAUGGGACCAACACGGCUGGUCGUCGUUCUUCAAAACGAACAGCUGACGAUGCCGUUGUUGAACAACUUGCACACGCAAUGACUGCCCCGAUUUGA